CAUCAAGAAAGAAUAAAAUAUAAAAUAAACGAGAGAUGCCACAUACGAGCAUCAUAAGAACUUCAACUUUCGCUUGGUCCCCGUUUUCUAAUGGCUGCACUAUCGCUACUGGUACUGUAGCAGGUGCAUUGGACGAGAACUUCUCGAAUGACGCUCAAUUGGAAUUAUGGGACGCUUUCAGCUCUGAGACUCCUAUCGUAAAGGGUUCCGUAACCACGAACUCACGUUUCAACAGACUUGGCUGGGGACACGUAAAUUCCAGCAGACCUAAUGGUGUCAUAGCCGCUGGUUUAGAAUCUGGUGAAAUUGCUAUAUGGGAUCCUCAACUUAUCGUCAAUGACCCUACAAAUUCAUUAUUGCACUCAAAUAGCUCUCACACAGGUUCAGUUAAGGGCUUAGACUUCAAUCAGCUACAAUCUAAUUUAUUCGCUACUGGUGCUUCCCAGGGUGAGGUCUUCAUUUGGGAUUUGAAUAACCCUUCAAAGCCAUACCACCCUGGACCUAAAUCACAAAAGUUAGAAGACAUCACAUCUACUGCUUGGAAUGCUCAAGUCCCACAUGUAUUAGCAAGCUCAUCUGAUUCCGGCUAUACCGUUGUAUGGGAUUUGAGACACAAGAAGGAGGUUGUCGGCAUCAGUUACGGCGGUGGCGCUGGAACUAUGGGUGGUCCUUUCGGAAACUCCUCUGCUAUUACUCAACAAGGUAGACGUGGUAUUAGUGCCGUUGCUUGGCAUCCUGAUAAUGCUACUCGACUUGUCACAGCUUCAGAAGAUGAUACCAGCCCUGUUAUUAUGUUAUGGGAUCUCAGAAAUGCUAGAGCUCCAGAAAAGAUCCUUACCGGUCAUGACAAGGGUGUACUCUCACUUUCCUGGUGCAGACAAGAUCCUGAUCUCCUUCUCUCCUCAGGUAAAGAUAACAAAACAUUAGCAUGGAAUCCAAACACCGGUGAAAACAUCGGCGAGCUUCCAACUUCAAACAACUGGUCAUUUGAGGUUGAAUGGAAUCACCGUAAUCCAGAUAUCUUCGCGACUGCCUCAUUUGAUGGUACAAUUGGUAUUCACUCAAUUCAGUCACAAACACCAUCACCGGAAUCAAUCGCAGCAAAUGUUCAACAAGCUAUUGAUCCAAAUGAUAUCUUUGGAGCUGUCUCAGCUCAACAGGAAGCUGAACAAAAUGCAUUGAGAGCUCAACAAUCAUUUUCACUCAAGCAAGCACCAAAAUGGUUACGUAGACCAACUUCUGUCGGAUUCGGUUAUGGUGGAAAGCUAGUAACUCUCAAGAAUAAUCUCGUGCAAAUUCACCAAUUAUCCACUGAACCAUCAAUCCUUGAGCGUGCUAAGAUCCUCAGUGAAGCUAUCGAUAGCCCAGAUGGCGAAUCUAAAUUGAUCAAUCUUUGCCAAUCACAAGUUGACAAGAAUGGUGGUGACUGUGAUACUUGGAAGGCACUUCACUCACUCUUUGAAGCUAACUCAAGGGAUCAACUUGUUCAAUUGCUCGGAUUUAGCAAGGAAGAAGUUGCUAAACAGGUUCAAGCUGCAAUUGAUGCCUUCCCAAAACCAGCCGAACCAACAGUCGAGUCAACACAGAUAUCAUCAAUCACCAGUGACGCACCUGAAAAGGAAUCAACAGUUUCUUUUGUUGAACCAGAAUCUAAAGCUGAAGAUGAAACCGCCGAAGAACCUAAAGAAGAAGAAAAUAAGCCAGAAGAAACCAAACCAGAGGAAUCUAAACCAGAGGAAUCUACACCACAAGGGGAACCACAAGAAUCUGCACCUGGUGAUAGUCUUUUUGGUGAUAGUAAACCAGAUGGUGAUGAUUUCUUCAGAUCAGUCGCAGUUGCAUCAGAGUCAACACCACAAGCCGAAAAUGUCGUUGUACCACACACAACUGCUGAUGAAUCUGUUGCUGCUACAGUCGGGUCACCAGGACCAUCAAGUAUCGCAUCUGAAGCUAUGAAAGCAAACACUUUCAAGAUAUAUCCUUCCGAAGAAUCUGAAUCUGAUCGUUUAAUUACAAAAGCUUUAGUAUUGGGAGAUUUCGAAUCGGCUGUUGAAUUAUGCUUGUCAACUGAAAGGUACGCGGAUGCUAUCUUAUUAGCUGUCAAAGGUGGUUCAGAGCUGUUGGCAAAAACUCAAAAGAGUUACUUCCAACGUCAAACUGCUCAUUUACCAUACUUACGUUUAUUCCAAUCUAUCGUAUCAGAUGAUCUAUCUGAUAUUGUUCAAAAUGCUGAUUUGAACGAAUGGCAAGAAAUCUUUGUUGUACUUUGCACUUUCGCAAAAUCUGAAGAAUUUGGCCAAUUGGCAGAACAAUUAGGUCAGCGUCUUGACUUCCAAUACAGGGUUGCAGAUGAAGCUGAUAAACUGGGUGCUAAGAAGUAUCGUACAAAUGCUAUUCUUUGUUACUUAGCCGCUGGUAAAUUGGAAAGAGUUGUUAACAUCUGGUCAGAUGAAAUGUUAGAGGAAGAAUCAAGUGGUGUUGGCGAGCAUACAUCAAAGCAAUCACAACAUGCUCUAGCACUUCAAAGCUUUAUCGAGAAGGUUACAAUUUUCCAAAAAGCUACUGGAUAUGUUGACCAAGAUUUGAAUCAACCAACAGAAUCACCAACUGUUGCAGCAUCUGGUGUGAGAGUGUACAAACUCAGCACAUUGUAUGAUCGUUACCACGAGUAUGCCGAAUUAUUAGCAUCACAAGGAUUGGUUAAGGAUGCUGUUAAGUAUAUCAACUUGACACCAGUGGAUUACAAGGGUGCUGCAGGUGCAUCAAGUGAUGCCCAAACUGCUCGUGAAAGAUUACUUAUCGCUGCUUCAGAUGAGUCGCAGAAGGAAGCUAGAAAAGCUGCUGCUGCAGAACAAGAAGCUCAACAAGAAGCUCAACAGCAAGCUCAAGCUGCUGCACAAGAGCAAAUGAAAGCACAACAACCAGUGCAAUCUACUAGUGCUUAUGCUCCUGCAUCUGUUGCUCAAGCUCCUUUGCAACAAGCUGCACCAUCAUACUCUUCACCAUACGCACCUCAAACCAACAGCAAUCCUUAUGCACCACCAGCUCAAACACAAGCGUACAACCCAUCAGCGCAACAGCAGACAGUACAACAACCACAAGCACCAACGUAUGGAGGUUAUGCGCCACCACCACAGCCUACUAUGCAUGCACCACCAGUAGCAACUAAUCCAUAUGCUCCUGUUGUGCCUGCACCUACCACGGCUGCUGCAACUGCCGCUGACACUUAUAAUCCAUACAAUGCACCAGCGGGAGUUGCACCACCAGUUUCAGUACCAGAGCCAGCUACAUCACAAACAUUGCCACCACCACCACCACAACGUACUGCAGUGCCUGCAUCUCAAAGAAGAGACCUUUCUGGAUGGAAUGACGCACCACCACCACCACCACCAAAGCGUGGUACAACACCAUCAAAUACUGGUAGCAGAGCUUCUCCAAUAGUGCAACCGUUGACUAGCCCAUUCCCUAACUCGUCACCAGUGCCGACUCCAGGUAUCGGUGGACCACCGCAAGCGGGAUCACUGGUACCACCUCCACCAAAAGCCGGUACUAAGAGCAUGCCACCACCACCUCCAGCAGCAUCUUCAAUACCACCACCACCACCAAAAGCUCCACCAGCAGCAGGUCCACCAAUGACAUCUCCUAUGGUAUCUGCACCAGCAAUGGCACCACCACCUGCUACAGGUCCACCAAUGACCGCACCACCAGCGGCUGUUCCACCACCACCACCAGCAGGACCACCAGCGGGUAGGAUGAUGAGUCCAUCAUUUGGUCAGCAAGCUCAAACACCUCAACCACCAGCGGGACCACCACAGGUGCAAUCAUUUGGUGCAAUGGCAAAUGGUAUACAAAGACCAGGUUCAGUGAAUGCAGGCGGCUAUAGGCAGACACCACCACCACCACCACCCCACCUUGUGCAACAAGCAAUGCAACAACAACAACAACAAAGAAGUGUGAUUAGUCCACCACCAGUUUCUAGUCCACCGGUUUCAAAUGUUGCAGCAUACACAGUUUCAAGACCAGGUAGUGUUGCUAGUACGAGAGUGAGCGAAGCACCAGCUCAACCAUCAUUCCCACCAGGUGACCGCAGUCAUAUACCACCAGCUGACAGAAUAAUAUUUGAAAGUCUGUCACGAGAGAUAGAGAAGGCAAAAUCAAGGUCAAUGGCGCAGCCACAAACUAAGAGGAUGGUAGAUGAUACACAAAAUCGUCUGAAUGCCUUGUUUGACAGUUUAAAUGCUCAGACAGUAGAAUCGCAAGCUGUUUUGAAUAACUUGCGUAACGUCAGUCAAGCACUAUCAGCUCAAGAUUACAAUACUGCAAUGAAGAUUACAUUGGAAAUUAUGGGAUCUGGCGAAGCAGAUAUGAGAUGGGCAUUAGGUUUGAAACAAUUGAUUAGAUUGACUGGUCAAGCUUAAUUUUCUUGAAUUUCAAUAUUUGUAUACGAAAAUAACUA